AUGGAGGACGAAAGUGUGCUGGAGCGUAUACUUAAUGGAAUCGAAGAGCCCAAUGAUCUGCCAUUAGCACUGUUACAACGCAUAACCAAUAAUUUCUCCCCAGAGAGAAAAAUUGGUCAGGGUGGAUUUGGAGCAGUUUACAAGGGUGUACUCAGAAAUGGGAUUGUUGUUGCUGUGAAGAGGAUGUAUGUGAACCAACACACACUUGAUGAUGUGUCUUUUCGCCGUGAGUUUAAUAGCUUGAGGAAGAUUAAUCAUCAAAAUGUAGUGCGGUUUCUUGGCUUCUGUUCUAAUACCUAUCAGACAUCGAUAGAAGGGGCUGGGUCAGAAGAAAUUAACUUGGCCAAUGUAAGAGAAAGAUUGCUUUGUUUCGAGUACAUCAGCAAUGGAAGUCUUGAUAAGCAUAUUACUGAUGAAUUAAGGGGACUUGAAUGGGAAACACGUUAUGAAAUAAUCAUUGGAAUUUGCAAGGGUCUGUGCUAUCUUCACGAGGAAAAAGAAAUUGUUCAUAUGGACCUUAAACCGGCGAAUAUAUUAUUAGAUGGCACGUAUAUUGUUCCAAAAAUUACAGAUUUUGGGUUGUCGAGAUCAAAUAAAAACACGCAUACUAUGGGUCUACGUUUUGGAACACGAGGAUAUCUCGCGCCGGAAUAUGAAAACGCUGGUAAAACUUCAUUCAAGUCUGACAUUUAUAGUAUGGGUGCCAUAAUCAUUGAAUUAGUAACGGGGUGUAUGGACGUUCCUGAUAAAAACAAUAUAAUCCGCUGUUAUGAUGAAGAUGACAUGCUUGGGAUUAAGCCGCUUGAACUACGUCUUCCUUCUGAGCUUAAGAAGGAGAUAUCAGGCUUAGUUGUGCUAACUAAUGGUACUCGUAAUUGUAUUGCUUUCAACAUCCAAUUGCCAAGCGGACAAUUGUACAGCGCACAACCAUACAAAGGCAUUGUGCAACCAAAAUCCAAGUAUGGUAUGAAGAUUAUAGUCAAACCAGGAGAUGUUCAUGAGCACGACCAAGCCAACAAGUUCAUCGUGCAGAGCAUGAAAGUGAGCGAGGGUCUAAGAGACGAGGAUAUCGCAGGAUGCAUGUUCGAAGAGGCCAGUAAAGUUGUUGAUAAGGUGAAUUUGAUGGUUGUAUAUGAGUCUACGAAGCCCCAAGAAAACUGCAAGAGUAGAGAAGACACCAACAUGCCAGCUGAGGAAGUCCCCGAGGCAAAAAGGAGAAAGAUUGUUGGGUCUGCUUCCGAAAAUAGCAAACUUGGUAGCAGCAAAAAUGCAGAGGCAACUUUCAUGGAUGCCAAUUCAAGCGUGCGAGGACAAUGUACGGAGCAAACAGAGCAGUUUAAUCUGCACCCACUACAGAGCUUUUCACGCCAUUAUCCUACCAACAUGAGAUACCUUGAAAAAGAAAAUGACCGAGCCGUGGAUCUCCCAACGGGGGCUUUGGGUAGCCUACUCGACAAGCUGGGCAAGCUCCUCGAGGAGGACUACAAUCUUGAGGACAGUAUCAAGACAGAUAUCAAGUCUUUUUCAGAAAAGUUGAUGAAGAUGCACCAAACCCUCCGCAACCUGGGAAAGUUUGAUGGGGUCAAGAUUUGGACUGACCAAGUCAGGAAGCUUUCAUAUCACAUAGAGGAUAUGGUUGACACAUUCCUGGUGCAUGUCGAGCCUAACUCUAAUAGGGGUGGCUUCAGGGAGCUCACACAUAAGGGGCUAAAACUUUGGGAGAAUGGCAUGACGACUCACCAUCAGAUUGGUGAUGUAAUCAGACACAUCAAGAACAAAGUUCAGGCUGUGGCCGACAUGCAAGAGAAUUAUGACUUCAAUGUCAACAAUGUUGUAGCUAAUGUAACUGCAAAACUUGACACUGACCUUCGGAUUUCAGCUAUAUACGUAAAUAAAGAACGGCUCAUUGGCAUCAAAGCGCGAAGAGAUGAGUUAAUAAGGCUAUUUGAGGAGGAUGGUGAUGCAUCAACGCUCAAGACAGUCUCUAUCGUCGGAAUGGGAGGAUUGGGGAAGACCACACUUGCCAAGGCAGUGUAUGACAAGCUUAAAAAAGAUUACCAUCACAGAGCUUUUAUUCCGGUGGGUCAGAAUCCUGAUGUGAAGAAAGUUUUGAAUAACAUUCUGUUCGAAUUUGGACAGAAUUUAGCAAACUUCGACUGGGACGUGCAUCAGCUCAUCAACAAACUCAGAAAAUUGCUCAAGAAGGAGAGAUACUUCAUAGUAAUUGAUGAUAUAUGGGAUUCCGAAGCAUGGGGUUUUAUUCAAUCUGCUUUUCCAGGAAACAAACAUGGCAGUCGAGUGAUAACAACAACAAGGAUUGAAGUUGUUGCCCGUGCGUGUUGCGAACAUGAAGGCAAAUAUGUUUAUAGGAUGAAAUCACUCAGUGAAGAACACUCAAGAAGACUAUUUUUCAGAAGAAUAUUUGGUCCUGAAAAAGAUUGUCCUGAUACACCCAGAAAAGAAGAGAUUUCAAAAUAUAUUCUAAAAAAAUGUGAUGGUAUGCCACUUGCUAUUAAUAGUAUAGCAAGCCUUCUAGCUGGCGAGCAAGAGUCAACCUGGGAGUAUAUAUGGAAAUCUUUGGGUUCUGUGACUGAAGAAGAUGAUCUUGAAAAGAUGAAUCGAAUAUUGGAUCUUAGCUACAUACAUCUUCCUGAUCAUCUCAAGACAUGUCUGCUUUAUGUUUGUAUGUAUCCAGAGGAUCGUGAGAUAGAUAAAAAUGAUUUGCUGAAGCAAUGGGUAGCCGAAGGUUUCGUGCACGUGAGUAGAAACAGUGGGCUGGAUGCACAGGAUGUUGCAGAGAAGUACUUCAAGGAGCUCAUCAGCAUGUGUAUGAUCCAACCUGGGAGGAUAGAUGACUACAACAAUGAAGUGUUGUCUUGCAGAGUACAUGAUAUAAUUCUUGAUCUUCUGAGAUCCAAGUCAAGUAAAGAGAAUUUUGUUCAUGUAAUUGAUGGUUCGAAAGAUACAUCAGGGGAGAUCCAUCGAGUCUCGGUCCAGUACAUUGAUAAAGAUGAUGCACGAAUUUUGGAAAUAAUCAACAAAGCGUCACUAUCACAUGUUCGGUCAGUCUUACUUUGCCGAGGCUCACUUGUGCCUCAUUUUAUGUACUUCAAGUAUAUCCGAGUUCUACGCCUUGAAGAUCAAGGCCUUGGUGGGGACAUAGACCUCACCGGUAUCAGUAGCUUGUUUCUCCUGAGGUAUUUAAAGUUUGCCAAUCUUGAUGGAAGUAAUUAUCAUCUGAAGCUACCUAAUCAAAUUGGGGAUUUACAGCAGUUGGAGACAAUAGAUCUAGCUGGUUUCCUGGAAAAUUUUCCAUCAGACAUUGUUAGUUUGGCCUUGUUAUCACAUCUCAGCUCGAGGAGAAAUAAGGCAGGCGGUAUAGUGUUGCCUGACGGGAUUGAGAGGUUGAAAUCACUGCACACUCUAGUAGGUGUAGUAAUAUCUAAUAAAAGCUCGGUAGAGAGUAUCAUGGGCCUCGGCAAGCUGACAAACUUGAGAAAGCUUCAUAUCUGUUUGAACGAGAAUGUUCAUACAGAUGCUUUGCACUCUUCCCUUUCCAUGCUUUCUGCCAACCUCAGGAUCCUUACUUUUGGAAAAGGAUGGCCUAUCGGACUGGAUGAUGUAUCAUGCUGGGGCAGGACACUAUUCCCUCGAGGUUGUCAUAUUCGAGAGCUCGAUCUAGGGUGCUGUGAGUUUCAGAGGUGCCCCAAGUGGAUUGGUCAACUCGAUGGCCUCACCAAGUUAAUGAUUUGGGUGAGGGAGGUGGCUGAUGGUGUCAAUAUUGUUGCAGGGCUGCCUUCACUCUCCUGCUUCUGGUUGAUUGUAAGUAUGUUUCAGGGAGAAAAGGAAGAAAGUGUAGUCAUCCCUGGGGGUGGGGCAUUCAAAGCACUCAAGCACCUGAGGUUCCACUGUAAAAAGGCGUCACUGACCUUUGAAGCGGGGGCUAUGCCCAUGCUAGAGGAGCUUUCCAUACAGCUCCGUUACCACAUGAGCGGCCAACUCCUACCAGUUGGCAUCGAGCACUUGCCUGCUGGCACCCUUAACAAAAUCUGGUUACGAGUCUACUUGGAUGACCGCUGGGAGGUGGAAGGCUCCCAGGGCUGGGACGAUGACGACUGGGAUAAUUACUUCUCUUCACAUGAAUUUAGACAAGGCAGAGAUUCUGUGAGGCAGCUGGUGAAGGUAGCAUUUGAGCGCCAUCAUCCUGACGCCGACAUCAUCCUUUCUUUGCAUAAUGAUUAUCGGAAUGAGUGA